AUGACCAGACCAACGGCAACUCGCAACAUCUCGAGCGACUCCGCUACUGUUCCCGGACUUACACACCAGGACUCAUUAGAGUCCGUUAGGUCUCCCAUCACACCCAGCAUGGAGACCUCCAAGAACCCCAUCGCCUCACCAGCUCACAAAAGCUCUUUCGACGAACCUCUCAGCGCCCCACCGACAAUCACAGUCUUCAAAACUGAACAUGCAAACACCAGCGAACCCGUUCUACCACCCAAAAACCUUCCAUUCCUCCAACACGAUCCCUACGCCGAUGACGAUGUCAUUCAAUUCGACAAGAACAAGGAGAUCAAACCCUCGAGAUCCGGCAGUGUCAGAAGUAUCAUGUCGACUAUCGCUGAAGAGGGGUCUUUCCUCGUUGAAGAGGAAGUUGACUACGCGUGGGUCGAGGAAGGGCAGACCCAGGCCAGACAGGAGUCAGACUGCACCUGA